GGAUUGAGCUCAUGUGGAUAACUCAGGCAGAUUCACCGCAACAAUCUCCCCCACCGGAGCCCCCCAAAAGCACCACAAAAUGGCCCUGUAUGUUGCUGCACGGAUUCGGGUUUUGGGAACCGAGAAUGAGUGCAGCGACGGCUCGAUAGUGCUGCGGGAAUGAUCCUCGGAAGCAGGAUUUUGGCUAGAAUUCGAGUGUUUCUGCAGUUGGGAUUGUGGGGUUGAUUGUAAGUGGGUUGUAUAGACUCUCUUCUGAAUUUUGGGAAAGAAUGGCGCACGUAGGAGCGGUAGCAGCUGUGGGAACCGUGGCGCAACCUGCGUCACUCGAGUGCGCCUCCACUUUCACCCCCUUCGCUUCGUCUCUCUGGGGUUCGGGGAGGAGCCUGCGAUAUUCUGUGAAUGGGUCUUGUUUGGAUCUGGGGCACGAAUUUCAAGAUCGUACGAGUCGCAGGUCAGGACCUGUACUUGUCCUAGCGAAAAAGAGGUCAGGUUUCGCCGAAUUGUUCUUGAACAAAAGAUUAAGCGAGCAAGGGAAACAGGUUGAUGAAUCAGGAUCCCGUCGCCCCCCAUUGAAGCGAGGCAAAGUUUCGCCUCGCUUGGAGGUUCCUAAGCACAUUCCUCGUCCACCUUACGUUGGGUCUCGAAACCCGCCUCCAUUCCUCGAUGAGUUUCAAAUCCAGGAUGCUGAGGGGAUUGAGCGCAUGAGGGCGUCUGGUCAGCUCGCUGCCAGGGUUCUCGAGUACGCUGGAACACUGGUGAAGCCAGGUGUGACAACGGAUGAAAUCGAUAAGGCUGUCCAUCAAAUGACAAUCGAUGCCGGCGCUUAUCCUUCUCCUCUUGGUUAUGGAAGUUUUCCAAAGAGCGUUUGUACCUCUGUAAAUGAGUGCAUCUGUCAUGGCAUUCCUGACUCCCGUCCACUUGAGGACGGAGAUAUUAUUAAUAUUGACGUCACAGUCUGGUUAAAUGGUUACCAUGGGGACACUUCCAAGACCUUUUAUUGUGGUAACGUCAGUGAUGAAGCUAAAAAGCUAGUUGAGGUCACGAAGGAAUCUCUUGAUAAAGCAAUUUCGAUUUGCGGGCCAGGUGUUGAGUUCAAGAAGAUAGGCAGAACUAUUAAUGAGAUUGCAGAUAAACACAGAUAUGGUGUUGUAGAACACUUUGUAGGUCAUGGUGUAGGACGAGUUUUCCAUUCUGCUCCCUCUAUUGUGCAUGCACGUAAUAACGAACCCGGAAGCAUGGUAGUUGGGCAGACAUUUACUAUUGAGCCCAUGUUGACACAAGGGAGCACAAGGGAUGUUAUGUGGAACGAUAACUGGACGUAUGUGACAGAAGAUGGUGGUCUAUCAGCACAAUUUGAACACAGUCUUUUAAUUACCGAGACUGGUGUGGAAAUUCUUACCCAGUUGUAGUGUGCCAUUCUAUAUCUUCAUGGAUAUUUACUGUUAUCAAUUGUCUAACUAGUAUUCAUCAAGCUCUAUGUACAUUCAAUUUGAACCUAACAGGUUUUACCUAGUUCUCAAAGCAUCGUUUUUCAGCUGGGUGCACCCUGUCUGUGGAGACUGAUGCACAAAGCUAGGUUUAGAACUCUUCGUUGGUCUGAAUGUAUGGCGCACCUUCAAAUUGGCUAGGACAGCCAUAUGACUAAGUUGUAAUUUGCCACCCUCGGUCAAUUGCAUGGUUAUUGAUGGUAACCUGCCCGACUUUUGUCUCUUAUUCAACA